UCUCCAGUAGAAUUGUCCGAAAGCUUUACCGCGGCCUCGGUACAUUCCGGGCGAAAGAACAUAGGCGAAUUUUAGUCAGAAUAAGUCGAACACUUCCUUCCACUCCGCCCAAAGUGGAAUGUGUCAUUUGAUAAUUUCUCUUCCUAAAUUAUUGGGUUUUAGUCCUCAAUAGCCUGAGUGUGUUUGGAUGACUUCCUUGCAAACAAAGAAAAAAAAAUAGUACCCCGUAGCACAUGUAUUCCAAACCUUCUGAUUUUAAAAACACGUAUUACCGAUUUCUAUACUUAUCUCACUUUUUCCCACAAUUAAGCACGUUAAGUUAAAAUACUCUAUUGUAGUAAUGAAGGCAAUAAACAAACAUUCAUUGGCAAUACGGGCCGACGUACGUUGAUAAACCGGUCGCGAUGUCAGUACAAUAAAAACGCUUCUCGUCACACAAACGUUGUGGUCAUUGCUUAGUCGCGAACAACGCUUUGGUAGGAUAGCUCGCGUCGCUAUGUACGUAAAAUAAACGUGAGUGCAGUACAUAGACAUAGUGAUAAAAGUCAGAUGGUCUCAGCAAAUUCCGGAUCCUAACUCCGCGUUGAACUUAAAUUAAAUACUAUUUUGUGGUUUUCCUCAUGGUUAGUGUUUCCACGAUGGCUUCUAAAGUGUUUGUGUUGUUUAUCGCCUCUCUCGCAGUAUGUUCGUCCGCCUCCCCCCCAAUCGACCCUCAGCUCCUGCAGUCCGUGUUUGGUGGGGCCGCACCAGCUUUCGCCGCUCCUGGCCAGGCCGCACCUGUCCGCCCUGCUACUGAUAAUAACACCCUAGUAGACUUGGACUAUUGGGACUCUGCUGACAACUUCAGUCCAGCGCCCGCAGAUUAUGAUAAAUUUGAUUGGACGUUGACGAAGCGCGUAGCUGCAUCAUCAGACGCUAACUUCCUCCUGUCACCUCUGGGUUUGAAGUUAGCUCUGGCUAUCCUCACAGAGGCGGCCACUGGAGUCACACAAAACGAGCUCUCUUCUGUUCUGGGCUUCGAUCUAGACAGAAACCUGGUCAGGAGGAAGUUCUCCACCAUCAUCGAAUCGCUGCAGAAAAAGUCACCGCAAUACAUCCUGAACCUGGGGAGCAGGAUCUACAUUGGCGACGAUGCCCAACCCAGACAGAGGUUCGCAGCCAUUGCGCAAGAGUUCUACAAGACUGAGCUGAAGACGGUUAACUUCAACGACCCUGCUAUAGCCGCCAAAGAGAUCAACAAUUGGGUCUCUAAUACCACUCAGGGAAAGAUCCCCACCUUGGUCGACGAAGAUGACGUCGCUGGCAUGGUGGUCCUGGUUCUCAACACCCUAUACUUCAAGGGGAGCUGGCGCCACCAGUUUGCCCCCAACGCUACGAAGAACGGCCAGUUCUUCGUCUCUCCCAAGAUACAGAAGACCAUCCCCUUCAUGAACGUCAACGACAAAUUCUAUUACGUCGAGUCUGCGAAGUAUGACGCUAAGAUCUUAAGGCUGCCCUACCUUGGCAACAAAUACGCGAUGUACAUAAUAGUCCCCAACUCGCUGACGGGUCUUCCUCGUGUGCUGAACGACCUCAGCGACCUUCGUCUGGAGCUGACCAACCUUCGAGAACACCAGGUCGACGUCACCCUGCCCAAGUUCAAGUUUGAGUACACUUCUCAACUGGACGGCGUUUUAAGGGAGUUGGGUGUAAGACAAGCCUUCGAGGAAACUGCCUCGUUCCCCGGCAUCGCUCGUGGUCAGCUUCUGCACCAGCGUCUCAGAAUAUCCAAGGUCCUGCAGAGGUCUGGCAUUGAGGUCAACGAACUUGGCAGUGUAGCGUACUCCGCCACAGAAAUAUCGCUAGUGAACAAAUUCGGUGAGGACACCGAAGCCAACGCGGAGGUUGUUGCCAACAAACCCUUCCUGUUCUUCAUUCAGGAUGAGGCGACCAGGCAGCUCCUCUUCACCAGCCGCGUGGCUGACCCCUCCUCAGCUGACGGCGCCUUCAAACUUUAUACUCUUGAUACUUUUGGGGAAUUUCAGCCUCCGGAGUUCGCAGAAAGAUGCGAGAAACCCAAGAUUGCAAUCAGUUCGAACGUAAAUACCCCUAAGUUUAUAACUCGUUACUGUAGAAAAAAGGUCGCAUUAGUCAUUAAUGCGUCACACUUGUUUCUGGGCUCACAAGAUUUCCAAGCCAGUCUGUUUACAAGCCAUCGUGCAAAUGGUCGCUUAUUCAGCGCACCUUCUUUUGUAUUGUUUGAUUAUGUGAAUAUUGAAAAAAAGGUUAACGAAAUGAGGGCUGUUGCUAUAGUUUUAAUCUUCUCUUCAUUCCAAAGUCUGGACUGUCAGAAUGGAAAACCAAAAUCUCGCCUCAGUUUUUUCGACAUCGAUUUACUUCGGUAUGCCGCCGAAGACAGAAAGGGGAACGUGAUGAUAUCUCCGGCUAGCAUCAAGUCUACCCUUGGGAUGCUGUUGGAGGGUGCUGAAGGGGCAACGGCUUCGGAAAUCAAGACGGCUUUGAGACUUUCCCCGAUUAAAGCCGACUUUAGGGAGGAAUUGAGCAUGUAUUUGACUGCUUUGCAGGCAAAUGGACCUACCGCAUCCAUAGAGAAUGCAAACGGACUGUUUGUGGACAAGAACCUGAAACUGAAGAAAGAUUUCGAGAUGGUUCUGAAAAGAAUGUAUAACUCUGAAGUGAAGAAAGUGGACUUCAAACAGCCAAAGCAUACUGCAGAAGCCAUUAAUGGAUGGGUUAAUGCAAAGACCAAAGGACUAAUUCCGUCAAUCGUUGAUGAUGGCAACAUCAAUCCAUCCGCAGAGGUUUUCAUAACGAAUGCUCUUUACUUCAAGAGCAGCUGGUUACACGAGUUCAACCCAAGUUUGACACAUGGGGAUUGUUUCUAUCAGGAUGGCGUCUGCAAAAUUGUCGCCAUGAUGGAUCUUCAGGCUGAGCUGAACUACGCCUAUAUCGAGGACCUGAGAGCACAUGCUUUGGAACUCCCAUACCAGGGUCGCCGCUAUUCCAUGAUCCUGCUCGUUCCUCAAGACCGAAGCGCGGGCGUGGCGCUUAUUCGAGACCUUCCCUACAUCGGACUUCUUCAGAUCUCCAAAAUGAUGGAGCCGAAUGACGUCAUACUCACCAUGCCGAAGUUCGACGUCGAGUAUAGCGAUGAUAUGAUUGCAACGUUGAAAAAUAUGCGUAUCUCAUCUCUAUUCUCCCCAUCGGCCAACCUGUCCGGCAUUAUCGAGGGCAACAGCUCCGCCCACAUAAACAGCUUCUACCACACCGUCCAUAUGUCUGUUGAUGAGAAAGGCACCAUUGCAGCCGCAGCGACCGCCGCCAUGGUUGUUCCUCUCAUCAAUGACCAAGUACAACUGAGAGUUGACAGACCUUUCCUCUUCUUCAUAAGGGAUAAUGAACUUGGCCUUAUUCUGUUUGAAGGGAAGAUUGAAGAGCCUACUGAGUUUAAAGGGGAUGGAGGAAUUAAAGCAGAUCAAAUUCCAUUGAAAUCCCAAACGCCUCCCAUCAAAUCAGUCCCGAACGCGCCAACUAUAAUCCAACAGCCAUUGGAGCCGUGGGUUGCACUACGGCCUAUUGUCAGUCAGCCGGCGGACAGCCCACCCAUCUGGAACCGAGUACCUUUUACCUCAAGUUCUACUUCUUCUCCAAGUUCACCAAUCACUAGUCAGUCUACUUCAACUUCGAAUUCGUCAUCUUUAAGUUCUUCACCAGCUUCUUCUUCAUCCGAUGCGUCGCAGUCCAGUCAGUCAACGGAAGCCAUCCCGAUUGCUACGACGGAGAAAAUCAGGAGUGGUUGGAGAAAAUGGUUCUCUCGCUAUUUUGAUAUUUAAUAGCUUUUUGUAGGUAGGUAUAAUUGUGAUUAUUAUUUUAUGACAGUAAUAUAAGAUUAGCUAUGUGUAAGACUUGUAUUCAAUAAAGUUAAUUAAGGCACGUAUUAA